GCAGUUUAGCUGCUCUCUUUUCGAACCAUAAAAAAAUUUUUUUCUCAUCAUCUCAUUCUCUCUCGCGCGUCGCCACAGCGUCACUCUCCACCGGCGGCGACAAUCUCUUUACCUCCCUGUCGCUUCCCUCUCCUCAUCUAUCUAUCUAUCUAUCCAUUUAGUAAAAACAAAAACAAAAAAAGCAAAAUAUUAAACAGUAAACAAAAACACUUUGGGUUUCUGUGUCCAGUUCUCUUUGGUUCUGUCUUUUGUUUGUCUAUGUUGUUUACGGUUUGGUUUGGUUUUGAAGAAUAACAAGAGGAGAGGGAAGAGAAAACCAAAAAAAAAAAAACUUUGAGGGAAAAAAAGAAAAGAAAACUAGGGUUUCUGUUCUCGUUGUUUUUUUUUGUUGGCUUAAAAGAUGGCUCAGGGUCAAGCUCAGGCGGCUGUUCAGGGACAGAACGUGAAUGGCGGGGCCAAUCAAUUCGUGACGACGUCGCUUUACGUGGGCGAUCUGGAGGAGAACGUCUCGGAUUCCCAGCUGUACGAUCUAUUUAAUCAGAUCAGUCAGGUGGUUUCAGUUCGGGUUUGCCGGGACUUGUCGACCCGUCGAUCACUGGGUUACGGUUACGUUAAUUACAGCAAUCCACAUGAUGCGGCAAGGGCAUUGGAUGUGCUGAACUUCACUCCUGUGAAUGGAAAGUCUAUUAGGAUUAUGUAUUCUCAUCGCGACCCUACUCUUCGGAAAAGUGGAGCAGGGAAUAUAUUUAUCAAGAAUCUGGACAAGGCCAUUGAUCACAAGGCGUUACAGGAAACAUUCUCUGCAUUUGGGAACAUCCUCUCUUGCAAGGUGGCAACAGAUUUGAAUGGUCUGUCAAAAGGCUAUGGCUUUGUACAAUUUGAGAAUGAGGAAUCUGCCCAAAAAGCUAUAGAGAAGCUGAAUGGUAUGCUAUUAAAUGAUAAGCAAGUUUAUGUAGGGCCAUUCCUCCGCAAACAAGAGAGAGAAACUGAAAUCAACAUGAACAAAUUCAACAAUGUUUAUGUAAAGAAUCUCUCAGAAGCAAUAACUGAAGAAGAUUUGCAGAAAAUUUUUGGUGAAUUUGGCACGAUUACUAGUGUUGUGGUGAUGAGGGAUGCAGAUGGCAAAUCAAAGUGCUUUGGUUUUGUCAAUUUUGAGAAUGCUGAUGAUGCCGCAAACGCUGUUGAGGCCCUUAAUGGAAAGAAAUUUGAUGAUAAGGAAUGGUAUGUUGGGAAAGCCCAGAGGAAAUCUGAAAGGGAACUUGAGUUAAAAUAUCGAUUUGAGCAGAAUAUGAAGGAAGUGGCAGAUAAAUUUCAGGGUGCAAACUUGUACAUGAAAAAUUUAGAUGAUAGUAUCGAUGAUGAUAAGCUUAAGCAGCUGUUCUCUCAAUUUGGUUCCAUCACAUCAUGCAAGGUGAUGCGAGACCCUAAUGGAAUUAGCAGAGGAUCAGGAUUUGUUGCAUUCACCACUCCUGAAGAGGCAUCUAGAGCUAUCCUGGAGAUGAAUGGAAAAAUGGUUGUUAGCAAGCCUCUAUUUGUUGCACUUGCACAACGCAAGGAAGAUAGAAGAGCAAGGCUGCAGGCUCAGUUUUCUCAAAUCCGGCCAGUUGCUAUGGCACCUUCUGUUGCUUCUCGUAUGCCAAUGUACCCUCCUGGUGGUCCGGGUCUUGGGCAACAGCUAUUCUAUGGUCAAGCUCCACCUGCUAUGAUUCCUCCUCAGCCUGGAUUUGGGUAUCAGCAGCAGCUUGUUCCUGGUAUGAGACCUGCUGGGGCCCCAAUGCAGAAUUUCUAUGUUCCAGUGGUUCCACCAGGGCAACAGAGUCAGCGGCCUAGUGGCAGACGGGCAGGAGCUAUGCAACAAACCCAACAACAUGUUCCUGUAAUGCAGCCACAGAUGCUUCCUAGGGGACGUGUCUACCGCUACCCCUCUGGGCGUGGACUGCCUGAUGUUCCCAUGCCUGGUGUUGGAGGAAUGCUAUCUGUUCCAUAUGACAUGGGUGGUAUGGCUUUGCGCAAUGCAGCAAUCCCUCAGCCAAUUCCAAUUGGGACUUUGGCUUCUGCCCUUGCAAAUGCCUCUCCAGAGCAGCAGAGGAUGAUGCUGGGGGAAAGUCUUUACCCACAUGUGGAACAGCUGGAGCCUGAAGCAGCAGCCAAGGUUACAGGAAUGCUUUUGGAGAUGGAUCAAACAGAGGUUCUCCACUUGCUCGAGUCACCAGAGGCUCUGAAAGCGAAGGUGGCCGAGGCAAUGGAGGUUUUGAGGAAUGUUGCUCAGCAACAGCCGGCAGGCAGCGCAGCUGAUCAACUGGCAUCGUUGUCAUUGACUGAUUAACUUCGUUUCUUAUGUUGGUCCUGGAAAUACAUUUGAUAUGUUUGGCUUGGAGACAGGGCCCGCAUUGGCUUUAUUAUUAUUUUUUUCAUUUUUUUGAACUGAUAGGAGAGUUUCCUGAUCUAGUUUGAGGAUUAUUACGGUGGAUGGUUUAUGUUUGGUGUUUGAUUUUGCGCUUGUAUUGCUGCUUUGAUUCAAAUUAUUACGUUAGAUAAUAUUAUGGAAACAAGAGUGCUUAGACUCUGUA